AGAAGAAGAACGGCAUUCCUACCUGUCACUGCGAGGCUGCACUUAACUGAAAGACGGUUAACAAAACAUUUUCAGGCUGGGAAACGAUACUUUAACACGCAGAAGGAAACUCACUCGGCCGAGGAGAGAAACGGCUAAAAAGGGGAAACCCUGUAAAGCUGGAGCGACCAUGGUGGGUGAACGGCGCAACGGAAACCUGCUGGUGCAGCUGGGGCCGCGUCAGCAGGCCUACCCCGAAGAGCUGAUACGCCAGCGCCGCACGCACGAUGGCCAGACGGAGUACCUGAUCCGCUGGACGCUGCUGAAUCUGGAGGAGGCCGGGGGUGCCGGCGGGGGCUCGGAGACCACGGUGGGGGGCGGCGGAGUCGGCGGCAGCUCAGGAGGAGGCUCGGGCGGCUCCAGUGGAUCCACCUCCGGCGAGAGCAAGACGGAGAACAUCCUGAUGUGGAUGUCGGCCGAGGACGUGUACGCCAACUGCCCCACGCUGCUGGGCAAACGCAAGGCCCCCUCGUCGCUGCUGCUGCAGCAGGAGGAGGAGGAGAGGCCCAGCAGCAGCGGCGGAGGCGCCGGAGUUGUCCGGCCGCCCGAUGUCACCUUCGAUGAGGUGGAGCUGUCGGACAUGAAGGCGGACGUGGUGAACCUGGUGAAGAGGGCGCGCAAGCAGAUGGCCAAGACCAGCGAGUUCGCCAUCAGCCUCACGCACACCAUCCACGUGCUGAGCGCCUACGCCAGCAUCGGCUCGCUGGUGGGCGUCUUCAAGGAAACGGGCGCCCUGGACCUGCUCAUGGAGCUGCUGUGCAACAAGGAGAGGCAGACCAGGCGCAGCGCCGGCAAGAUGUUGCGCGCCCUCGCCUCGCACGACGCAGGUAGCCGGGCAUACGUGCUGCUGUCUCUCAGUCAGCAAGAUGGCAUCGAGCAGCACAUGGACUUCGAUAACCGCUUCACCCUGCUGGAGCUCUUUGCAGAGACCACCUCAUCAGAGGAGCAUGGCAUCUCCUUUGAGGGAAUACACCUACCACAGAUCCCAGGUAAGCUGCUGUUCUCGCUGGUGAAGCGCUACCUGUGCGUGACGUCGCUGAUGGACAAGCUGAACACGGCGGGUAGUGACUCGGGGCCCGACCCCGCCUCCUCCUCGUGCUCGCCCUCCUCCUCCUCCUCGCUGGCCUCCGAGACCAGCCGGCUGCAGCGGCAGUUCGACUUCACCAUGGCCAUGGCCAACCUCAUCUCCGAGCUAGUGCGCGUCAUGGGCUGGGACCGCAACCGCCAGACACCACCCCCCGACACCACCACUCCCACAGGGGUUGUAUCCAGCGAGGGCACGUCGGAGGAUGAGGGGUGUCCUCGCCGCACGCUGCGCUCGAUCUUCCAGCCGCGAUUGGCUGCCUCAUGCCCCUCCGCUCUGGCCACAGUUGCCAUGGCCGCAGCCCCAGGCUCUUCCUCAUUGGCUACCAGCUCCUCAGCUGCUGCUGCAGCCAGCCCCUCAGGGGGCGCGGCUAAGAAGAAGGCGGCGACCAACGGCUUCAAGACUCGUACGGAUUUCAGCACGCGCUCGGCGUACGUGGAGUACGUGCAGGACAGCCUGAAGAGCGGCAUGAUGGUCCGCAUGCUGGAGGACUACGAGGAGGUCUCGUCAGGGGACGAGGGCGAGUUCAGAUACAGCAACGACGGAUCACCUCCUGUACAGGUCUAUUGGAACUCUCUGUCGCGUACCUACUGGGUGCAUUGGCACAUGGUGGAGAUUCUGGGCAGCGGCAGCAGCAGCCAGUCAGAGAAGGAGACGCAGGAGAAGGCCUCCACCCUCACAGAGACGCUCAAACUCACCGCAGUGAGUCAGACGUUCUUCUGUAAGCCGCCGGGUGGCCUGUACUCCCUUCCCUACCUGAGUGAGGAGGAGCGGGAGGAGGGGGCUCACCUGAGCAGAGCUGAGUGGUGGGAGGUCCUCUUCUUCAUCAAGAAACUGGAACACAAGCAGCAGCAGGAGGUCAACCUCAUGCUCACACAGAGCCUGGAAGACGCACAGCUGUGUGAUGUGGACGAGGCCUGCCUAUUGCAGCUGUGUGUUCCUGGCGAGGUGGCCUAUAAGCUGCUGGGCUACCUCAAGACGGCCCUGCCCUCCUCCUGCCUCAGCGACCUGCUCUGCUCACACGCCUACCACAAGCACUACCUACGACACGCCCCGCAACACCGUCUCCACGACGAUGACCCCCUGACCUCGGCCGCCUGGGGUCGGCACAGCCCCCCCGCCUCCACAGGAGCCCCGGGUUCCUCCUCUAUGGGCUCCCAGUCUAAGAAGGCCAAGAAGGAGGCUCCACCCAGCGAGACGGAGAGCGAACUGCCCUCAGACGACGACACCAAAUACCCUGACGACCUGGAGGAGAAAAUGAAAGCCCUCAACAGUGCCAAGAUGGUGGGUAAGAAGGGCAGCCUUGAGAAGCUGGGGGAGGUGGUGGAGAUGUACCGUAAGACCAGCAGUGGAAGCGGAGGCUCACCAGGGGGCGCCACUGACCCCACCCGACAGCUGGCCGUCACCAAGCUCAUGACCAGCAUACUGGAGGACGAAGCCACCCAGGACAAGAGGACGCCGCUAGGGGACACGGCACAGGCAAUACGUGAUAAGGUCCUGAAGCUGUUAGUAGAGCUGCUGUCCAGUAACCUGCGUGUGAAUGCGGUGGCGUCUCUGCGCCUGGCGAGGGCGCUGUUCCUCAAGUUCGAGUGGCGCGUCCCCUUUGCCACCGAGGGUGGAGUCAAAGCCGUGCUCACCUGCAUGCAGGAGCACCCCACCUGCACACACCUCCAGAAGAUGGCACUGGCGACCCUGCAGGUGAUUACGGGGGCCACUAAGCAUGAUCUGCAAGGCCGCAGCAGCUGUGCGCCGCUGUCGGAGUCUGGCUCCCAGAUGAUGCUGGAGAUAUUCGCCAGUAUCGCCUCCGCUACACCAGAGGGAGCCAAAGGGCUGCUCAACACCAUACCUGCCGCCAUAGAGCUCAUGCUCAACACCCCACGGUGUUCGUUGGCGGUGUGUAACGGUCUGCUGGUGGUCAUCAUGCUGAUCUCGAGCCAUAAGAGCCUGUGUGAGCAGCUGGUGGGGUGUGGCCUGGGGGCCAUCCUGAGGAAGUGCCUCUCCCCCGCGCGCACCGAGAUCACCACCCUGGCCCUCAUCGCCCUCAACCACAUCUCCAUGGUCCACAAGCUCGACAAGAGAGAGCCCGGUGAGGAGCUAGAGCUUAAAGACAUGGAGCUGCGUAUGUUGGUAGUGAGCCUGAAGAGUCUGAAUAAGGAAGUGGUGUCCACUCUGGAACAGCUGCUGUGCGAACCCUCACCUCAACUGGAGGAGGAACGCAGCAAGGUGACGCGUAGCCGAGACACCUUCCAGGACCUGGUCAGGCUGAUGGACCAGCACCGAGUGGACCGAGCCGUACAGCUCUCCAUUCUCAAAAUUCUGUCCAAGUUCCUGGAUGAUUACCAGGAGGACCUGCUGCCCUGGCACGAGAGCAUCGAGCCUUGCCUCUCCUCCAUGACCGCCUUCAUCAACGACAGAGACGUGGUGCAGCAGUUCAUCCACUUCCUGUUCCGCCUGGCGUCCCUGAAUAAGGACUACGCGGUGGUGAUGUGCCGCCUGGGCACGCGGGAGGCGCUGGUCAAGGCCCUGGACAAGCACAGCACCAACCUGUUGCUGGUGGGGGAGCUCCGUGACCUCAUCGGGGACUGCGAGAAGUACGCCAGCCUCUACAAGCACAUGACCACCAGCGUACUGGCCGGAUGCAUACAGAUGGUGUUGGGCCAGAUCGAGGAGCACAGGCGGAGCCAUCAGCCAAUCAACAUCCCCUUCUUUGACGUCUUCCUGCGCAACCUGUGCCAAGGCUCGAGUGUGGAGCUAAAGGAGGAUAAGUGUUGGGAGAAGGUGGAGGUGUCGUCCAACCAUCACCGUGCCAAUAAACUGACGGACAAGAACCCCAAAACAUACUGGGAGUCCAACGGCUGCACCGGAUCACACUUCAUCAAUAUUUACAUGCUGAAGGGUGUGGUCAUCAGGCAGCUGGCGGUGCUGGUGGCCAACGAGGACUCCAGCUACAUGCCCGCACGCAUAGUCGUGCUUGGGGGAGACGACCCAGCCAACAUCAACACCGAACUCAACACUGUGAAUGUGCCUCCGUCUGCCAGCCGCAUCGUUCUGCUGGAGAACAUGACUCGCUUCUGGGCCAUCAUACAGAUACGCAUCAAGAGAUGCCAACAGGGAGGCAUUGACACCCGCGUGCACGGGUUCGAGGUGCUGGGCCCCAAGCCGACCUUCUGGCCCGUCUUCAAGGAGCAGCUGUGCUGCCGCACCUACCUGUUCCACACCACCAAGGCACACACCUGGUGCCAGGAGAUACUAGAGGACAGAACACAGCUGCUGCAGCUGUUUAACAAGUUGAACAGCGCUCUGAAGCAUGAGCAGAUGUUUGCCGAUCGCUUCCUGCCUGAUGCAGAGGCAGCAGAAGCCCUGGGACGCACCUGCUGGGAAGCGCUGAUCACACCUAUAGUACAGAGCAUUACAGUCUCAGACGCGCACAAGCUGAGUCCCCUGGCGUGGCUCCUGAGUGAGUAUCUGGAUAAUGCCGAGUCGUCCAAGCGCUACAAGACGCGGGCGGCCAUCUUCAACUCGCGGGUGCGGCGCCUCACUCACCUGCUGGUGCACGUGGACACCAGCCGACCCGACACCGAGGAGCUCAAGCCCCCCGUCAAGUCCAAAGGUAUCAACAGAAGCAAAGAUUUGAAGAAUGGCAAAGAGAGCAAGAACAAGGAGGUGGCGGCCACUUCGUCAUCUUCCUCGGCCGUUAAGCCCAAGGUGAAGAACGCCAGCAGCAUCGCCGGCAUCGCCCUCUGUUGGCAGGGAGUGGUACAGAGACAGGUGAAGAAGUUUCUGGACUGCACGUGUAGCCUGCCCGACUUUGUGGAGCACUACCGGGCAAUGUACCUGCGGCUGAAGAACGCCAUGGAGGAGCUGUUCGGACAGCAGACCGCCUUCGUGCUCGCCCUGCGCCAGGGCUUCUCAGCCGCCCUGCUCCAACUCUCCAUACUCACCUCCAUGCACGUGAGUGAGCGGUUUGCGCAGUACAUCGACGUGAUGAUCCAGGAGAGCUGUGGCGAGGGGGGCAUCAGCGGGGGCGAGACCCUCAGCCAACUACAGCAGUUCCUGGAGCCCAUGCUCUUCCUCUCUGGCCUGGAGCUCGCCAACACCUUUGAACACUUUUACAGGUACUACCUGGGUGACCGUCUGCUGGGCCAGACCAAGGUGUGGCUGGAGAGUGCUGUGGUGGAGCAGAUUGGCUCCUGUUUCCCCAACCGCUUCCCUCAGCAGAUGCUGACCAACCUGCAGGAGAGCCAGGAGCUGCAGCAGGAGUUCCACCUCUACAGACUACAGCAGCUCGACAAGAGCCUACAGGACAUGGACGAGGAGAUGAUGGAGGAUGAGUUUUCAGAGCCGGAUGAGGAGAGUGACGUGAAGGUGCUGGUCUUGUCUCCGCGCUGCUGGGCAGUGGCGCCCCCUUGCUACAUGGAGAGCCCCAGCAAGCACUUCCCACCACAACUCUGCUCCUACCUCACACACUUCACAGACUUCUACGCCAGCAGUCAGAGCAUCUACAGCCUGAGCCACAGUAAGCCUCGGCGUCUGCAGUGGACCUGGCUGGGUCAUGCUGAGAUGGGCUACGGAGCCUCCACACUCCACGUCUCCACACUACAGAUGUACAUACUCCUGCAACUCAACAACAAAACGGAGUUAUCUAUGGAGAGCCUCCAGGGAGAUACCGAUCUGUCCCUGGCCGUCCUGUCCCAUGCCAUCCAGCCGCUCACCACAGACAAGGGCAUCCUUACGCAGGACCCUGACGGAGGUGUACUGCGGUUGAACCAGCGUGUGCUGUCCCAGUGCUGGGAGACCCCAGGCCACCAGCAGCUGCUGCCCAGGCAGACGCACCUGAACGUGGACGAGGACGCGGCACGCUCCCUGGAGCGCAAGAGGAACUACAUCUACUGCCUCAUCGUACACAUCAUGAAGGCCGAGCGGGAGAUGCACAUUGACAACCUCGUCUUCAGGGUGUUGGACACGUGCUGGAAGCGUGAGACGGAGUCCUCAAACUCCUCGUCUCUGCGCUUCAGCUGCAGCACGACGGACGUGCUGUCGUGCGUGAUCCACGUGAUCAGCAAGGGCUACCUGCGUCGGCAGGAGGAGAGCCCCCACAUCCUGGAGUUCCUGCCCGAGGACCCCCACACGCCACAGAAGGGCCAGGCCCAGUUCACCUUCUCCUCCUCCUCUGGCAGCCGCGCUGACCUCAAGAGCCCCACCAACGCCAACGCCACCACGGCCAUCGCAGCAGCCGCCAGUGACCACCACAGCAGCAUGUGUGAGUCAGCUGAGCGGCCAGAGGAGGGGGUGUUGCAGGCGGUGCUGCUGUCCAUGGGUCGCACCAUGAGCCAGGAGGACGUGCAGCAGCUGCUGAUGCAGAGGACGGUGCAGCAGGUGGCAUCCACCCUUAGCCUGGAUCGUGACAGGGCUCAGCAUCUGCUGGUGCACUGCAAGUGGAAUGUGGACCUGCUGAUCCAGCGCUACACAGACGACCCCGACACGCUGGUGGUGGCGGCGGGGCUGAAGAUGCGCAACCCCAACCCCCCGCCCAGCCCUGUGGCACAGUGCCCUGUCUGCCUGGUGGCACGCACCGACGGCCUGGAGCCCGCGCCCACGCUCUGGUGCGACCACUACUGCUGCAGGUCGUGCUGGCAGGAGUACUUGACGGCCAGGAUAGAACAGAACCUGGUGAUGAACUGCAACUGUCCAAUCACAGAUUGCAGAGCCCAGCCCACCUCGCAGUUCUUCUACAACAUCCUCACCGAUAAGGACACCAUCUCCAAGUAUGAGAAUGCUUUGCUGCGUGGCUAUGUGGAGUGCUGUUCCAACCUGACGUGGUGCACCAACCCUCAGGGUUGUGACCAGAUCCUCUGCAAGGAAAACAUCGGCACCAUGGGCACCUGCUCCAAGUGCUGCUGGUCCUCAUGCUUUAGCUGCAACUUCCCUGAGGCCCACUACCCGGCCAGCUGUAGCCACAUGUCCCAGUGGAUGGAUGACGGCGGAUACUACGAGGGGAUGACCAUGGAGGCGCAGAGCAAACACCUGGCCAAGCUCAUUUCCAAACGCUGCCCCUCAUGCCAGGCCCAGAUAGAGAAGAAUGAGGGAUGCCUACAUAUGACUUGUGCCAAAUGUAACCACGGAUUCUGCUGGAGGUGCCUGAAGCCAUGGAAGCCUACUCACAAAGAUUACUACAACUGCUCGGCCAUGGUGAGCAAAGCAGCCAGGCAAGAGAAGAAGUUCCAGGACUACAACGAGAGAUGCACCUUCCACAACCAGGCCAAGGACUUUGCUGUCAGUCUGGAGAAUAAGGUGUCCUCCAUCAACGAGGCACUACAGAUGAAGUCUCUCACCUUUGUCAUUGACGCCUGCAAAAUCCUGGCACAGGCCCGCAAGGUACUGGCCUACUCGUGCGUGUACAGCUACUACAACCAGGACACGGAGAAGAUGGAUGUGAUGGAGCAACAGACGGAAGCUCUUGACCUACACACCAACGCCUUGCAAAUAUUACUCGAGGAGACGUUGCUCCAGUGUACUGAUCUAGCAUCGUGUGUGCGUUUGCUGAAGCCGGAGCACCUAAACACGGGACUGGAGCUGAUCAGACGCAUACAGGAGAGACUAGUAGCGAUACUGCAGCACUCCACACAGGACUUCCGAGUGGGCUACCAGUCUAAGUCGGGGUCGGACCAGGACGGGGGGCAAGCAUCCAACAUCCUCAACCACGCCGGCACCAACAAAGGGUCUAAGUCUGAAAGGGGCUCGGACUCUGGCGACUCGGACAACAAUAACCGUGACGGUGAGGAGGGUGGCGAGGAGGAGGAUGAGGAGGAUGAGGAGUACGAUGACGACUACGUCCCAGAGUGGCACGAGGACUAUGACGAGGAAGACAUCGAUGAGGACGACUUCUUCUCCGACAAUGAGGAGUCCGAGAACCUGGAGAGCGACUUUAGCCCCUUCGACUGAGGGAGGGAAUCCCCAACGCUUGCCAUCAUACCAUACCCACCCCAACACAGGCACUGUAAAAACACACACACUUGUAUGCAGACGCACCGCGUUGCUGAGUGAGAGCAUGCCCUCCCAUGACACCCAACACCACUCAUACUGUUUUCAGGCCGACCAGAACGGUGCUGUUGCCCGUUCCUGCACCAGUUAUGAUCAGAACUAAAGUGCUCAUCUGCGGACCACCCGCAUUCAUACCGGGGUCUGAACUUUUCCGCAUGUGACCCUGUUUUACCUGGUUGAGCCUCCUGACAAGUAUUUUUCAGUUCGCAUUACGAACCAACUUUCCGAUUUCCGAACGCUCAGACUUGCGGUGUGACCUCGCCAACUGGGUCGAGAUUAUUUGUCAGAACGGGCACCGGCACGCUUCUCUGUUGGCCUGAAUACGCCUACAGAGGCGCUGUAACCCUUUUGCCCCCCCCACCUCACAGUACACCCCAUACACGGCAAUGUACCCCUGUACAACGCCACGUUCCUCCAAAUAACCCCCAGCCCUCUCUACACCCCAACAAUGUCACUGCCCUGCUCCAACAAAUUUGGGCAGCAUCCAUUCACCGUGUGCCCAACCCCCCUCCAACAAACACACACACACGCACACACACACACACACGCACACACACACGCACACACAUGCACACCUGACCUUGUCCGCCACAUCCAGCAGGUAUGUUGGUGUUCACCAAGGUGGAUUUUGCGAAUGUAAAGACUCGAACGCCAGCUCCAAAAGUUUGAAGACGGCAACAGAGUAAACGUUUCUGUUUUCCCAUCAUCAUCAUAUUCAGUUUUAAGAUUCAUGUCAUAAGCAGACCGGUUUGGUUGUGUGCGUUUUUUUUUUUUUUUGUUUUUUUUUUUGUUUAAGCAUCAUGACAAAUUUGAUAUAAAUUAUCACCUGGUCCCUCCUUAGCCGUGUUCUCUGCGUUUCUCUUGCUACUUUUCUCUUUAUUUUAUUUUAUUUUAUUUUAUUUUAUUUUAUUUUAUUUUAUUUUAUUUUAUUUUAUUUUAUUUUAUUUGUUUUAGUUGUUUUAUUUUUGUUUUAUUUUGUAUUGUUUUCCAUUGUCAAGCCAGGGUAUGAAGGUUAAAAAUCUGUUAAGAAGAAUAUGUUAUAGGCUAGUGUUCAAGGGGGCACUACAUGGUUUCGUUGAGAUCAGCUAUGUUUUUUUUAUGGAUGGAAAAUGCUACUUCUUUUAAUUACCUUUGCAGUUGACAUAAAAGGGAUUCGAUAUAGUUUUGAAAAAAAGCACCUUUGGUUUGUUUAUUUUCCCUUUUCUCAGUCCAGGCUGUUAAAUGUUUAUCACAAUGCCUUGAGUUUUUUCUUCCUUUUUUUUAAAAAAAAAAGAAAGAAAUAAAUGAGUAAUGAAAAUGCCUUCUUAUGUUUUCAAGGGUUCUUACAUUUUGUCUGUAGCUGCACUUCAAUUCAGACGUCCUUGGCCCUUUGUGAUUGUAUGUGCGAACGGAGUAUGUGAGUUAGACGAGCAGAGUCUUGUUGGCAUCCAUGUGGCUAACUGCCGUCUGUUGGCGGUCAUACAACUGUGCUGUGUUAGCAUGCAUGCUAGCAGUGCCAUGUUUGACGAAUGUUGUAGCUACAUCCUAGCAUACAUGCUUUAAGGCAUUGCUACAUGAAUGGUCAAAAUGGUUAGCCACGAUGGAAGAAGUUGACAGACAUGACCAUAGAGCUGUAUGGAGGAUCUAUGGACAUAACAUGACAUGGACCCAUCAGCGUCAUCACUGCGUCCCCUCACGAUCUGGGCUGCACACAGGACUCUGCAUCGCUGCUCUUAAUAGUUCAACCUGUUUUUGUUUCUUGUUUUAAGGUAAAACAAAACAAAUGAUUAAAUGAAAGUAGAACUUUGCGACAUGUUCAUGUCAAGUUCCACUGUUAAUGAUUACACAGAUAUAAAAUAUCUUACUAUGUCCCAGUUGGAUUUAGCUUUCUAAGUUAAAAAAUCUCCUUCUAUUCAUAUUGUUCAUUAUAUAAUGUUUCUCUUUCUGAGUGAAGCUGUGCAACUUCAGCUAACUGAAUAAAAUGCUUUUCUCAAGCGA